AUGAACAUGCCGGAGAAUAGUCGUUUUGUUAUAUACGCAGCCGGCAUCUUCUUCUGUUAUUUUGUAUAUGGAAUUGUGCAGGAGGAUAUAACACGCGGGCGGUAUGGCGAUCAGGUGCAGCCGGAUGGGAGUAUUGGCGAGAAAUACACCCACGCCUUGGCGCUAGUCUGGAUACAGUGCUUUUGUAAUUCUCUGUUUGCUAAAGGUAUGCUGAUGGGGAAGCCGCAAAAGGAGGACACCACGCACACUGGUUCCUAUGCAGCGAGCGCCCUCUCCUACUUGAUUGGCAUGGUAUCCUCAAACAUGGCGCUGCGUUGGGUUCCAUAUCCAACGCAAGUUGUGGGCAAGUCUGCCAAACCCAUACCCAUCAUGAUACUGGUCGUGUUGAUUGGUCACAAGACUUAUAGCUGGACAAGAUACGCCUGUGUGCUGACCCUAGUUGUUGGCAUCAUUUUAUUCAUGUACAAGGAGAGUAAAGUUUCGGAUUUGCCAACUGAAACAAUGGGGCUGGGUGCGCUGCUGAUCUUCCUUAGCUUGUCGAUGGAUGGCUUGUGUGGUGCUUUUCAGGAACGUAUGCGUGCCGCCUCUGCGCCAUCAGGCCAGCAUAUGAUGUUGGCCAUGAACUUCUGGAGCACUCUAAUGUUGGGUGGUGCCAUGAUACUGACUGGUGAGGGCAAGGAGUUUCUACAUUUUGCUACUCGCCAUCCACAGCUGUGGGCUCACAUCGCUUUGAUUGCUUUAUGUGGCGCUAUGGGCCAAUUAUUUGUCUUCCUGAUGGUUGCUGGGUUUGGGACACUGGCCUGCUCUAUGGUGACUACUACGCGCAAGUUCUUUACUGUUCUAUGGUCCGUGUUGAUAUUUGGUAACAGAGUUGUUCUUCGGCAAUGGUUUGGUGUAGUUUUGGUAUUUGCCGCGCUCUUCGCCGAUAUACUUGUACUGUACGGAAAAAAGCAAGUUCCUUCUCAGAAUUCGCCUAGCGAUGCCAUUUUGGAGGGCAAAAAGGAGGCGUUGCAACCACCGGUUGCUAUUCAUAGUCCAAUCAAUAUCCCAUAG